AUGGCCACCGAUGAUAUCGUCAUGGCUCUUUAAAUACGAUUUUUGCUUCCUGAUAUUUUGUUCCACUUCUCUGUAAAUUGCCGUACCAGCGAAAAACUAAUACUAAGCACCGAUAAACAUUUGGCACGCAUUGAAGUUUUCAAUUCGCUGGCCGUGACAGCGCCACAAAUUGAGGUGGAUCGUUUGCGCUAUGAUAGGCGACACAAUAUGAGUGCAGAAGAAUAUCCACCCUAUGUCCGGCCUCUGAUCAACGAUGGCACCCUGUGUUUAUCCGUCUCCAAACUGGCCAUGUCCUUUUGUGUAUUGGGUUUGAUAUUUUUGAUAGCUGUCAUUGUGGCCAUAACGUCAUUGAUACGUUCCCGCCGACGUAUUGCAGCUAUACACAAUUGUGGCAGUCUGUCGAAUAAUAGCAGUCGGCUGCAUCGGGCCGAGGUGUGUACAUCGAUGUUUAGUUCAAGCAGUGAAUCGGCUCAAUCCGCUAGAUUUGGUACAAAAUUCUUUAUGCCUUAUUAUCCGAAUACACUGCCGUAUGGUAGAGUAUAUUAAUUAGUUUAAAUUAGCCCCUAAGUUAGUUGAGACGGGAGAAAUG